CUGAGAGUCUGUCUACACUGAACACACCGUGGUCUCUUCCUUCUGCACAGCUGGGUUCAGAGUGGAGACUCCAUGUCCCCCAUACUCAUGGCCCUGCUCUUCCUUGGGCUGAGCGUGGGCCUGAGGACCCCAGUGCAGGCAGGGACCCUUGCCAAACCCACCCUCUGGGCUGAGCCAGACGCCAUAACCCGGUUGCGGAGCUCUGUGACCAUCUGGUGUCAGGGGACCCUGCAGGCCAUUGAGUUCCGUCUGGAUAAAGAUGGAAGCCCACAGCCGUGGCGUAGACAGAAGCCACUAUAUCCAGGAGACAAGGUCAAGUUCUCCAUCACACACAUGACAGAGCAUGAUGCAGGAAAAUAUCACUGCUCCUAUGUCAGCCUCACUGGCUGGUCAGAGCGCAGUGACCCCCUGGAGCUGGUGUUAACAGGAUCCUACUACUACAGCAAACCCAGCCUCUCAGCCCUGCCCAGCCCUGUUGUGACCUCAGGAGGGAAUGUAACCCUCCAGUGUGGCUCAUGGGAGAAAUUCAACAGGUUCAUUUUGACCAAGGAAGGAGAAGACAGGCUCUCCUGGACCCUGGACUCACAGCAACACCCCAGUGGGGAGUCCCAGGCCCGGUUCUCUGUGGGCCCUGUAAUUCCCAGCCACAGGUGGACAUUCAGAUGCUAUGGCUGUUACAGAAACAGACCCCAGGUGUGGUCACAGCCCAGUGAUGCCCUGGAGCUUCUGGUCUCAGGUAGCUCAAGGAAGCCCUCCCUCCUGACCCAGCAGGGCCCCAUUGUGGGGUCUGGACAGAGCCUGACCCUCCAGUGUCUGUCUAACAUCGGCUAUGACAGAUUUGCUCUGUCCAAGACAGGGGGACAAGACCUCCCCCAGAUCACUGACCUGCAGCCCAAGGCGGGGCUCUCUCAGGCCAAAUUCCACCUGGACACUGUGAAUGGCUCCCAUGGGGGCCAGUACAGGUGCUAUGGUGGACACAGCCUCUCCUCUGAGUGGUCAGCCCCCAGUGACCCCCUGGACAUCCUGGUGGCAGGAUGGCUCCCUGACAGACCCUCCCUCUCGGUGCAGCCUGGCCCCACAGUGGCCUCAGGAGAGAACGUGACCCUGCUGUGUCAGUCACAGAGCCCAAGGGACACUUUCCUUCUGACCAAGGAGGGGGCAGCCAGUCCCCCGCUGCGUCUCAGAUCACAGUCUCGAGCUCAGCAGCACCAGGCAGAGUUCUCCAUGGGUCCUGUGACCUCAGCCCAUGGGGGGACCUACAGGUGCUACAGUGCAAACCACGAUAGACCCUACCUGUUGUCACAGCCCAGUGACCCCCUGGAGCUCCUGGUCUCAGGUAAGACCCCUGACUGUCUUUCUGAGCUGUUGGCUCAG